UGUAUUUCUCACGCUAACAUGCGAGAUCCGAGGAGCCGACUCAACUGCGCGGUCGCAUUCCGCCCUGACUUCCCCUCUGCCAGCGGCCUGGUGCUUUGAGAUGAACAGAAGAUGUCGGUUUCGGGGCUGAAGGCCGAACUGAAGUUUUUGGAGUCAAUCUUCGACCCAAACCACGAACGAUUCAGAAUAAUAGACUGGAAACCCGAUGAACUCAGUUGCCAGUUCAACGUAACGAGAGAGAAGCUGCUGAUCAUUCACUGCAACAUCACGGAAUCCUACCCAUCUACACCUCCCAUAUGGUUUGUUGACUCGGAUGAUCCCAGUCUGGCUGAAGUGUUGGAGCGCUUGGAGGAUGUGAGAAAAGGCAGCACCUUGCUUCUUCAGCAGCUGAAGCGCCUCAUUUGCGAUCUGUGUCGGCUUUACAACCUGCCCCAGCAUCCCGAUGUGGAGAUGCUGGACCAGCCUCUACCUGCUGCCCCAAUUAUCCAGGAGCGCAAGCAUGGGCCAUCGGAUGAGGUGACAUCUGAAGAGGAGGAAGAAGAAGACAUGGCAGAACAGGACAUCGAUCUGGACCAAGACCUGGACCAUUACGACAUGAAAGAAGAGGAGCCAGCAGAAGGCAAAAAGUCAGAAGAUGAUGGAAUAGAAAAGGAAAAUCUGGCCAUCUUGGAGAAAAUCCGUAAAAACCAGAGACAAGAUCACCUAAAUGGCGCUGUUUCUGGUUCGGUCCAAGCCUCGGAUCGCCUAAUGAAGGAACUCAGGGAGAUCUACAGGUCACAGAGUUACAAGACAGGUAUUUAUUCAGUCGAACUAGUCAGUGACAGCCUUUAUGAUUGGCACAUCAAGUUAAAGAAGGUAGAUCCAGACAGUCCGUUACAUAGCGACUUGCAGGUUUUAAAAGAAAAGGAAGGAGUGGACUUUAUUCUGCUCAAUUUCUCUUAUAAAGAUAAUUUCCCCUUUGACCCACCUUUUGUGCGGGUUGUCUCACCUGUGCUGUCUGGAGGCUACGUCCUCGGAGGAGGAGCUUUGUGUAUGGAACUUCUCACAAAACAGGGCUGGAGCAGUGCCUAUUCAAUAGAAUCUGUCAUUAUGCAGAUAAAUGCGACUCUGGUUAAAGGCAAAGCCAGAGUGCAGUUCGGAGCCAAUAAGAACCAGUACAAUCUUGCCAGAGCACAACAGUCAUACAAAUCCCUGGUGCAGAUCCAUGAAAAGAACGGCUGGUACACACCACCCAAAGAGGACGGAUAAGGAACCUCCACCACUAUGCACUGGGAACACAUUUUUUUUUUUUUUUUGGGGUUAUCUUGUUCUCUUCAGAACAUUUCCCCUCUCUGACUUACUGGGAAUAAAUCAUCUUCCUCACAGAGACAUCUCACCGGCUCAUCUGACAAGUUUUCUUUUGCUUGGCUCCCCCACCCCUUCGGGUUUUAAUCCGGAGGAGGACGCAGGGAAAAUGCUUGUCCUGAUUCUCUAAACUAUUUGAGAAAUAAAAUUCUCAUUUGUCCUUUAUUUAACAAGAACGAAAAACAAAACUUUUGUUUUUUUUUUCUUCCUUUUAGAUGAGGGGGUGCUUUACUUUAGCUGCUUUGACAAACCCACGGUCAGUGUUUGGGAAUUUUUAAAGGCUCGACACCGAAGCUCUUGAGAAGGCCCCUCGUUGCACCCGUUUUUAAUCAACUGUGAUUUAUUUUCUUUAUUUUUCUUUUGAAAAUUAACAGGUACAUAAAUGCAUAUAAUGUUUCCGAUGUAUUGUUUGACUUUUUGUUAUUUGAACGCCUUAGAUAAUAAAAUUAAGCCAAUUUCUUAAGUUGGAAGUUUUAUCUUAAAACGUGAGAUGCCACUCGGCAUCUUUUAGCUCCUGCUUGUUUAGAACAUGUUGAGAACAUUUGGCCACUGAAUCAAAAGGCUGCGGUCUUUGUGGACUGAAGAUCAGCUGUUACAGAAAAUCCCACCAGCUGGGAAAUAGAUCUGUUUUCACCAGAAGAAAAGUAAAAUUUUAGAAGUUUUAAUUUUGAAAUUGAAGGUUGUUGUUUUGCAUUAUUUUUCUGUUGAUUUGGUUAAAAAGGUUGACUGUUUUGAUUACUCUAUCAGCAGAAGAGCUGGGAUGGUCUGUACAGAGGAGGUAGCUCGAUCUUUCUUCAGUCCAGCCAUUUUUAACAAAAAGAAACCACCAUAUUUCUCCUGUGUACUGAGCCAAAAACUCUGUUACACCUCUGCAGCUUUGCAGGUUUUGUUAUUAAUUAAAGCAGCUCAGAAGGAUCCUGUUGUUUCAGAAGCUUUUGUUUCUUGAUUGUAACUAAAUUAUCAGGUGAACGUAUCCGAACAGAGCAGAAGAUGUGCAAAAAGAAGUUAUGGUAGUCUCUUAUGUUAGCAGAUGCCGUCCAUCUAUGGGCAUCAUCAGGAGAAAUCUGAACCUUUGCUCGUUUAAAUAAUGCAAUAUAAUGUAGUACCCUGAGUGCUGCUGCCCCACCCCCACUCCACAGGACACAAACUGUACCUAUUGAUCUGAUAGCUCUGUUGCAGUUUUAAUUGCAAAUGUUUGUGUAAAUGGCGACUCAGGUAAUCAACAGUAUUAAUCCAUCUCUGCCAGGCUUAUUCACCCAGAGAUCCCGUGUCCUAAAAAGAAAAUCUGUUGGUUUAUUUUUUAUUUUUUUUGUGAUGCGAGUGAUGAACGUAGGAGAGAAAUGAAAAGUAGGAUUUCAGAAGCAUGGUGGCCUCCUCAGAUCCAUCUGGUAUUUGUUUACUCCCAGUCUCAGCGUGCAGCUUUGUCCCAUUUCCUGAUGCAACGUUCCCAGAGAGGUGGUGUGUUUUCAGAUCAGGAGAAAUAUUUAUCUUUACACUGCUCUGUUUUCUGCUGUUACAUGUCUUAGAUGUGUUUGAGGGGGGAGGAGCAUGUGUGACGUCAUCAGUAAGCCACGGCUGACAGGUGUCUGCGUGCGUGUGUGUGGUUAAGACAGAAAUCUGAACUAGGAAGCUUUUUUAAUCUCAACAUUCUUUGCUGCAGCGAUGUCUGAAGGUACACCCCUGUGGUGGUUGGAUUGUCUUGCUUCUCUUAACUGGACCACCGCGUGUUUAAAAGAUUCAAUCUUUAAGUUGGUUCUCAGCUUUUCUGGCACCGACAGAUGAUGGAGUCUUGCUUUCGGCUCACUGGUUUUUGAUUUAAUUUUCAUUUUACCAUUUGAAGAAACUGACCAUGUACAGUAAUUUGUAAACUUGCAUCAAGUUUAUGAAUAAAGAAUUUUAAACUGA